AUGUCUGCGGAUGGUUUGUCGGGUUUCGAUGUCGAAGUAAACAUGAAAGACUUGACAGCAGAAGAAAUACAAAAUAUGGAAUUUGAAUCUAUAGAAAAAGCAGAGGAAUUUUAUGUAGAAUAUGCAAGGUGUCUUGGGUUUUCCGCUAGAAAAGAUGUAAGGCGAGUCACCGCUGAAGGUGUUGUACAUACACGUCAGAUGGUUUGUUCUAGGCAGGGUGAGAGAGCUAAAAAAAAUAUUGAGCGCACUGAACGUUCGAGACAACCCAGGGGAUUGUCACGAACAUCUUGUGUAGCUAUGAUUCGAUUUCACCUUAAUAACAGUAGUGGUACUUAUGGUGUUGUCUGCUUUAUGCCCGUUCACAACCAUCCUUUAACUCCAUCCACACAUGUUCACCUGAUCCCCAAGUAUCGUGGAUUGAAUGAAGCCGAUAAGAAUUUCGUAGAUGGGUUGCAUUCGUACGGGGUUAGAUCUUGUCAUAUUCUGGGAUAUUUGAUGGGUCAAAAAGGUGGUCAUGCAGGGCUUGGUUUUUGCAAAAAAGACCUUUAUAACUACAUCACCAGGAGUGGGAAGGCAAAAAUGGAGGAUGUUGGCGACGCGUAUUCUGCUUUGUGUGAUAUCCAGACAAGAACAGAAAAUGACCACCUUUUUUAUUGUAAGUUUACACUCGAUGAUAUGGGGCAUCUAAAUAAUUUGUUUUGGUGCGACGGAGCUAGUCGCGUUGACUACAGCUGUUUCGGGGAAGUGAUUGCCUUCGAUGCGACUUAUAAGAAGAACAAAUACGACAGGCCACUCGUUGUUUUUUGUGGUUACAAUCACCACAAGGAAACUACAGUUUUUGCCUGUGCCUUAAUUGUCAACGAAAAAACUGAGACAUACAAGUGA